AAGACUUGACAACAUUAACCAAUCUCUAGGCCUUUAAUUAAACAUUCUCCACAAAUACAGACACACACAAUACAUAUCUAUGCAAAUCAGAGAGAAAUUCCAGCCGCAGCAGCCACCAAGCGAUGGAAUAUUACAGCACUGGAUUGCCCUUCCUUCUUUCUUCCCUUCUCCUCUGGUCGUUGAGCCAAAGCAUUGCACAACCAUUCUCUGUUAGAAGUUCCUGCGACUCCACAUUUGAUUACACUACUGGCAGCAUAUAUGACGCGAAUCUCCAAAUUCUACUCUCUACCCUAUCCGUUAAUGCUGACAACAGUAACAGUAAGGGAUUUAACAGUACAGCAAUUGGUCAGAAUUCCGAUACAGUCUAUGGUCUCUUUAUGUGCAGAGGCGAUAUUACCACAGAAGAAUGUGUUCUGUGCAUUAAGUUUGCUUGGGGAAAUAUCACAAAAUAUUGUCCCAAUGACAAAGGCGCAAUUAUAUGGUAUGAUUUGUGCAUGUUACGCUACUCAAACCAUUCCAUCUUCUCAAACCUCCAAUAUAAUCCGUCAUGGUAUCUGUGGAAUUUCAAUAAGGCGUCCAACUCAAUUCAAAAUAUGACGACUAUGGUAGAUACAAUGAAGGGUCUUGCGAAACAAGCUGCCUAUAACUCUUCUCCGCGCAAGUAUGCAGCUCAGGCUUCGUAUAUUACAGGCAGCUCUGUGCCUAUAUAUUUUCUAGAGCAGUGCACUGAUGAUCUAACUAAGGCUGAUUGUUAUAAUUGCCUACUUUAUGCUACGGGCGUUGUCCAAAAUUUUAGCGUUGAUUCACAUCAAGGUGGGAGAAUUCUCAUGCCGAGCUGUAAUUUGAGGUUUGAGCACUACUCUUUCUUUGAAUCAUCAACUGCAGCUCCAUCACCCCCUCCAAACCCAUCAGGGAAAGGAAAAAAUACAUCGACUAUUGUCAUUAUUUCUGUCAUCUUUCCAAUAGGGGCUGUUAUACUUGUUUCUGUCCUAUAUAUACGUUUUUUUAUGAGAAGGAAGCCAAAGAGUGAAAUUGAUGGUUUGGCUGAGAUUAGCAUGGUGCAAUCCUUACAAUUUGACUUUGAUACAAUAAGAGCUGCCACGUCCGACUUCUCUGAUUUGAACAAGCUUGGAACAGGUGGAUUCGGUCCCGUGUACAAGGGUAAGCUUUUGAAUGGAGAAGAAGUUGCUGUGAAGAGGCUUUCGAGAGAUUCUGGACAAGGUGAACUAGAAUUUAAGAAUGAGGUGGUGUUAGUGGCCCAGUUGCAGCACAGGAAUCUUGUACGGCUCCUUGGCUUCAGCAUACAAGGAGAAGAAAAGCUUCUGAUCUACGAAUUCUUGCCAAAUACAAGCCUCGAUCACUUCAUAUUUGAUCCAAUCAAACGUGCACAAUUGGACUGGGAAAUGCGUCGCAAAAUUAUAAGAGGGAUUGCUCGAGGGCUUCUCUAUCUUCAUGAAGAUUCUCAACUUAGGAUUAUACAUCGAGAUCUCAAAGCAAGCAAUGUUUUGUUAGAUAUGGAGAUGAACCCAAAAAUUUCAGAUUUUGGCAUGGCAAGGCUUUUUGUAGUCGACCAAGCUCAAAAUACCAACAAGAUUGUCGGAACAUAG